AUUGAUGUUUUUAUCUUUUCAGAGUUGAGGAGAGACACUCCAUGUUCUCCAGGUCACUGUCAGAAGAUCACAUUACUGCUGCAGAGUCCCGCGGUCAAAUUCAUCACUCACCCAGAGUUCUUCACCGUUCUCCACGCAAACUAUGGGGCAUAUCGUAUGUUCACCAACAGCUCGUGUCUGAAACACAUGGUCCUAAAGAUCAGGCGUGAUGCCCGAAACUUUGAGCGUUACCAGCACAACCGUGACCUGGUGACCUUCUUGAACAGGUUUGCUGAUGCUCAGUUGGAGCUGCCUCGUGGCUGGGAGAUCAAAACAGACCCGCAGGGAAAGUCUUUCUUUGUAGACCACAACAGUCGUGCCACAACCUUCAUUGAUCCCAGGAUCCCCCUGCAAAACGGCAGAUUGCCCAACCACCUGACGCACCGCCAGCACCUGCAGAGAUUACGCAGCUACAGCGCAGGAGAGGCAUCUGAGGUGUCACGCACCAGAGGGGUGUCCUUGUUAGCCAGGCCUGGAAACAGCCUGGUAGCAGCCAUACGAAACCAAAGCCAGCAGGAGCCAGUGCCAUUAGCAUACAAUGAUAAGAUUGUAGCGUUUUUACGGCAACCAAACAUCUUUGAGGUGCUACAGGAACGGCAGCCGAGCCUGGCGAGGAAUCACUCGCUCAAGGAAAAGGUGCAUCACAUCCGAACUGAAGGCACACAGAGACUGGAGAAGCUGUGUUGUGAUGCUGACCUGGUCAUGCUAUUAAGUUUGUUUGAAGAGGACAUCAUGUCUUACGUUCCGCUCACAUCAUUUCACCCCGGGUUCAACUUCUCUCCGCGUUGCUCUCCUGGCUCCUCACCUCAAAACUCUCCAGGGACCCAGAGGGCUCGGGCACCAGCUCCCUACCGCAGAGAUUUUGAAGCCAAACUGCGCAACUUCUACAGGAAGCUGGAGGCAAAGGGCUACGGGCAAGGACCCGGCAAGAUCAAAUUGAUCGUCAGAAGAGAUCAUCUGUUAGAAGGAACAUUUAACCAGGUCAUGGCCUACUCCCGUAAAGAGCUCCAGAGAAACAAGCUCUACAUCACCUUUGUUGGAGAGGAAGGACUAGACUACAGCGGACCGUCGCGAGAGUUUUUCUUCCUGCUGUCUCAGGAGCUGUUUAACCCUUACUAUGGCCUGUUUGAAUACUCCGCUAACGACACAUACACCGUCCAGAUCAGCCCCAUGUCUGCUUUUGUAGAAAACCAUUUGGAAUGGUUUCGCUUCAGCGGUCGAAUUCUUGGGCUGGCUUUGAUUCAUCAGUAUUUGUUGGACGCCUUCUUCACCCGCCCGUUUUAUAAAGCUCUCCUCAGACUAGCCACGGAUCUCAGUGAUCUGGAGUACCUGGAUGAGGAGUUUCAUCAGAGCUUACAGUGGAUGAAGGACAAUGACAUCACCGAUGUGCUGGAUCUCACCUUCACUGUCAAUGAGGAAGUGUUCGGACAGGUGACCGAGCGGGAGCUGAAGUCUGGCGGGACAAAUGUGCAGGUGACCGAGAAGAAUAAGAAGGAAUAUAUCGAGCGGAUGGUGAAAUGGAGGGUGGAGCGUGGUGUCGUCCAGCAGACACAGGCUCUCGUCCGGGGCUUUUAUGAAGUGGUGGACUCCCGUCUGGUGUCUGUGUUUGAUGCCAGAGAGCUGGAGCUGGUCAUCGCAGGAACAGCAGAGAUAGAUUUAAAUGACUGGAGAAACAACACGGAGUACAGAGGAGGUUAUCAUGAUGGGCAUAUUGUGAUCCGGUGGUUCUGGGGUGCGGUGGAGCGCUUUAAUAAUGAACAGAGACUGCGUCUGCUGCAGUUUGUGACGGGCACCUCCAGCGUGCCGUACGAGGGCUUCACCGCGCUGCGCGGCAGCAACGGCCUGCGACGCUUCUGCAUCGAGAAAUGGGGCAAGAUCACAUCGCUCCCGAGGGCGCACACAUGCUUUAAUCGUCUGGAUCUUCCGCCGUAUCCAUCCUACACCAUGUUGUACGAGAAACUGCUGAUCGCAGUGGAAGAGACCAGCACUUUUGGCCUUGAGUGAGGACUCGACGCAUAAAACACCUUGCUCCCGGUGACUUUUCUGUGUACACCGUAUGUAAUUAUCUACUAGCGUGGAUCGUGUCCUGUGUCCGUCUCUUUGGUUUGUUCAGGACACCACUGCAUGCAUCAGUCACCUGCGCGGGUGGACAGUGUGUAACGGGUAUGCAAUAGCGAAAGAGAAGCCUUCAACCUGCUUUAACACUCAGGGCCUCGACCUCCGCUGGAGUCGCUCUCAGUUCACACAUCAUUUCACCCCAAACCGUCACGGCCAGCAUCCUUUCUGUUGGUGCAUUUUCACAUUGACAAGAAUUGUAAAGUACAAACCAAAUAUGAAAAUAUUUGAUUGAGUUGCCGUAAUUACUGUAAAUGUGUGCGCUAGUUCACAUGAUCUCACCAAACACGGCAUCAUCACGGGAAGCGGAGUCACUCCGCGGGAGUCAAAGCGGGAAAAUGGCAAGCCUGAGCCUUGAUUUGACACUUUUGAUUUAUUCAUUUUGUACUGAUCUGUGCAUUUAAAUAUUAAAAUCAUUAAGGCGUCAGACAUGUUUAAGGACGUUUAAGGCUCCGUGCUGUCUUGUCUGUAAUGUUUCAAUGAACUUUCAGUGAAUUGAUGUUUUCGGGUAUAAAACCCAACACUAAAAGCCAAACACAACAAAUCCAAUCAGAAUAUAUUUAAUGCUUAUUAUACAGCUGCGUGGAGAGGGAUUUUAGGGAUUGCGCUGUUCAGAGCCGUCCAGCGUAACAAAACACUAAAACGAAGGACUGAAGAAAAUGUGUUGUUCUUUGCUUCUAGAUGAGACACUGUGUGAAGGUGCGUUUGUGGAUUUAUAGUGAUUUGAGCCAACAGGUGAUGUGGAUGUACUUUAUGUAAAUGAGCAAUUUUGUGUGAUUCUUUACACAUUACUGCACUUUGUAUUUUUAAUAUUAAAGUGCCCCUAUUAUGGGUUAUGAAAGGUUCAUAUUUUGGUUUUGUGAGUCCCAAACAAAAGGUUGUCAUGCAUGCGAUUUUCUUUUCAUUUCUUUUUACCUUAUUUGUAUAGCUUCAUUCAGCUUUUAACGCCCCAAAAGCGACACCUAGCGACAAGCAAUGAAUUUGCAUUUUUUUUAUUCAGACCAAAGCUAAUGCCGUUUCAUUUUGACGUCGACAGAAAAUAACUUUAUACACGGUGCACUUUCAGAUUUACAACUUUGCAGGAUGUUUUCAUUCACCUAGAGCUUUAUUAGACAGUUGCAUGAAAGGUCAUAAUAGAGGCACUUUAAAAUGGAACGAUAUUUAGUUUUUAUUUAUUCAGUUUUUAUGUAUUUAUUUCAAUUUCCAGAUUUAGAUCGUUGGUGUUACUGUCUGUGCUCCUAUUGGCGGUUGCCAUGUCACAUUUGUUGCUCAUUUGCAUAAAUGUAAAAUGUUUGUCUAAACUUUGUUGCAUCACCAUCUAUCACUGUCACUUAAAAUAUCCCGAUGCCAUAACAUGCACUCGCUUUCUCUGACGUUUAUGAAAUAUUUUUGCUUUUCUAUUUAUAUGAAGUCUUUUUAUGACUUAAAUUGGUGGGGUUAUUGAAAGAUAUGACAGACCAAAUAAUAAAAAUUGUGCACCACAUGUCAUGUUCUUCAGAGCGUUUCAGCUGUUUGUGAAUUUGAAGAGAAGUGAGUCAUUUAUUUAUUCACAAAGGAAAUUGGUUUAAAUGUCAGGACACAUCUCUUUGAAAUGUCAAAGUUGUUCGUUCUGUGGUUGGUUUUAUUGACGACUAGAUUUGAUUACUGUGCUGAAGUUUUGAUUAUUGUUCAUGUUUACAUUUUAAGAUGAUGUGAAUGUGUGUAUUAUACAUUAAGAUGGUCAUAAAUUGUCUUAACAUGAUGCCAUUCAAAGGUGCAUGUGUUUCUGUCUAAUCCACACUUGAUGAAUCAGUCUUUUACUAAUGUCUCCUAAUAUUUUCUAAAUGGGAACGUUCACCCAAAAAACAGCAUUGUUUGAAUAUGCAGAAGAAUGAGAAAGUCGUACAGAUUAAAUUAUGUUUUCCAGAAGUUUUCAUUUUUGGGUGAACUGUCCUUUUUAACGUGGUGGUGACGGAGAACAAGCUUUUGACCGUGUCUGAAAUGUACUUCUGCUAAAAACGAUUGCAAUGAACAGCACUCGGCUUAAGAUAUUAGGAAUGUAGAAAGUGAAUUUGUAUUAUUUAUCCCAAUUAAGAAGUUAUAAAAAAUGUCUGUAUAUCACACGUGUACAUACUUGCUUGAACAGUCAAUGCAAAAUCUAAAUUUUAAAAUGUGAUGAAUCAAAUCAGCAGCCAACAGUUCAUCUUUUUUUUUAAAAAAAACAUGUCUUCAUACUUGCUAUUUGCAUAAUGUUAAGUUUUCUCAAAUGUAUAUUACUAUGCAUAUUUGGUUGGAAUUGUAAGAAAUGCUACUCUUUGGCGCUUGUGGAGGACGUUUCUUCAUUUAUCGAGACGCUCGCAGCCAUUUGACCGCGUUGAGAGAAAAGAGGAGAAGGUUCUGGAACAUACUGCCUCUCUAUAAACACGGCAUUCUGGGAAAUGCAGAAGGAUUUGGCUCCUGCUUUCACCUCGGACACAUACACUCGCCUGCUUAUGUCCUUUUUACACUUUAAUCUAUGUGUGUGGGAGAGAAUAAGAGCGGGAAAUGUACAAAUGUUUUGAAUUGCGUAUUGAGGUCACUUAUAGCGCCUCUCUCAGGCUGAGCUCUGUAACUACAGCAUAACACUGUUAACGAAUGUCAAUAAACAAUCACUUUCUAAUGCA